AUCCUUCCAAAAAUAUUUCCAAAUUUUAAUUUUCUCUGUUCAGAAAUUUGGCCAUCUGAACAAAAUAUAAAAAAAAUUAAAACGAUUCCAAUAUUAUUUUUAUCGGGUAAAAAAGAUGAAAUUAUACCACAAUACCAUAUGAAAACAUUAUUUGAAUUAGCUCGAACUAGUAGUGGUAAAGAAUGGAUCGAAUUUAGUGAUGGUAGUCAUUUAGACACAGUUUUACAACCAAAUUAUUUUCAAUAUGUUGGUCAAUUUCUUCAAAAACAUAUUAUUGGUUGGAAAGUUUGGUAAUAUGAGUUUUAAUAAAUUUGAGUCGACGCUUAUUGGUCCAUGUCGUAGAAAUCGAAUGAAUAUCUCUGUCGAUCGUGUCGAUCGUGGACACGUUUUUUGUUUGUUAUCUACAUAAAAUAAAUGCAUUUAUCAGAUGUUACAAGUAUAGCCUUACUUUUUAUAUUAUUAUUCUGUAAUCAAUACAAAGAGGAAACCAAUUUCACUUUAUGAGCUCUGUUCGUCUUGACGUUUUGUCAAGUGACGACUUCGACGAUAGUCGUUCUUAUAGCUCUUUUAUUGGAAAUAACCUUUCAGAAAUGGAUCAAUUAAAGCGUAGACAUACUAAUACCUUACAAACACAAAAAGAGGGAUACGAGCCUUUCGAACCUUUAGAUUACGAUGAAAACGGUAAAACUCAGAAGCCAGCUCGUUUGCCCGUUACUAAGUUACAAGAGAUUCAAGCGUUUUAUAAGGAAUACUAUGAUAUUAUUCAUCCUCUAUUUUUCACCUUCUUAUCAUUUUGGACAAGGUUUUAUUUAAUUUCACUUUCAGAUAUCGUAUUAUGGGAUGAGGCACAUUUUGGAAAGUUUGCAUCACAUUAUAUCAAACAAGAAUUUUACUUUGAUGUACAUCCACCUCUUGGUAAAAUGAUAGUUGCAUUGGCAGGACUAAUUGCUGGUUACAAUGGAGGAUUUGACUUUGCAUCCGGUGCAAAGUAUCCAGAAAAUGUUAAUUAUACAGUUAUGAGAAUGUUUUUAGCUUCAUUUGGUGCAUGGCUGGUUCCUUUGGCUUAUUUUACGGCCAUUGAAUUGGACUUUUCGCAACAUGCCGUUAUUUUGGCGACUCUCAUGGUAUUGUUAGAUACCGCAUAUCUUUGUAUAAGCCGUUUCAUCCUAUUAGACUCAAUGUUAUUAUUUUUUACUUUUACAACUAUAUUUUUUAUGGUUAAAUUUCAUAAUCAGAGACAUGACCCAUUUUCGAUAGAUUGGUGGUUAUGGCUUAUUUUGACUGGAAUUUCCAUUGGGUGUGUCUCAAGUAUUAAAUGGGUCGGAUUAUUCGCAACAGCACUUGUUGGAUUGUAUACAAUUGAGGAUCUCUGGGAUAAAUUUGGAGAUUUGAGCAUUCCAAAGUCCAUAUAUUUAAAACAUUGGAUAGCGAGAAUAAUUUGUUUGAUAAUUCUACCUAUAUUGAUUUAUAUGUUGAGCUUUUCUAUUCAUUUUUCAAUCCUUACUAAUAGUGGACCUGGUGAUGCUCAAAUGAGUUCUCUCUUUCAAGCUGGACUCAAUGGAAAUGACUUUUCGGAAAAUCCUCUUGAGGUGGCAUAUGGAUCAAAAAUUACGGUCAAGAAUAUGGGAUAUGGGGGUGGUCUUUUACAUUCUCAUGUUCAAACAUACCCAGAAGGGUCGGGACAACAACAAGUAACUUGUUAUCACCAUAAGGAUUCUAAUAAUGAUUGGAUUGUUACAAAACCAAGAGAAGCUCAAAUAAACAAUAAUGACACUGAGGUUGAAUUUGUGGUUCAUGGAGAUACAAUUAGAUUAAUACAUGAUGGUACUGGAAGAAAUUUACACAGUCAUCAAGUUCCUGCUCCUGUAACAAAAUCACAAUGGGAAGUUAGUGGCUAUGGUAAUGAUACCAUCGGAGAUGUUAAUGAUUAUUGGGUGAUUGAAGUUAUAGAUGAUUUGUAUACAAAGACGAAUCGUAUCAGAUCAUUAACAACUCGUAUGAGAUUUCGCCAUAGUCUUCUUGGAUGUUACCUUCGAGCUGCUAAUGCAAUUUUACCACAAUGGGGGUUUAAACAAGUUGAGGUGUCAUGUGAUAAGAACAAUAAUCCAAGGGAUUCAUUCACUCACUGGAAUAUUGAACGACAUUGGAAUGAUAAAUUGCCAAGUGGGGGUAAAUCCUAUUAUAGGUCAAAAUUUUUGCAUGAUUUCUGGCAUUUAAAUGUUGCCAUGUAUACAACAAAUAAUGCACUUGUUCCUGAUCCUGAUAAAGAAGAUAUUCUUGCAUCUACACCAAGACAAUGGCCAAUUGUAGAAGUUGGGUUGAGAAUGUGUAGUUGGGCAGAUGAUGUUGUUAAGUUUUACCUACUCGGGAAUCCAAUUAUAUGGUGGUCUGGUACGGCAUCUUUAGUAAUUUUUGUAUUCACAUUACUUUACUAUUUAAUAAGACGACAGAGAAAAUAUAAAGAUCUUUCUCCAGCACAAUGGGACCAUUUUUUAUAUGUGGGAAAAGUAUGCGGGAUAGGCUGGUUAUUACAUUAUUUACCGUUUUGUAUUAUGGGAAGAGUUACAUAUUUACAUCAUUAUUUUCCUGCAUUAUAUUUCUCAAUGUUAAUGGCAGCAUUUAUGAUGGAUCAUUUCACCGUUAGUUGUAAACCAAAAACAAAAAAUAUAAUAUUUGGCAUAUAUUAUUCAUUAAUUGUAAUAGUAUUUUGGUAUUUUAAAGAUAUAGCAUUUGGUAUAAAUUAUCCUGCUAGCGAAUUAAAAAGUAGAAAGUGGCUUAGUACUUGGAAUAUUGUGGAUUAA